GUUAUUCCCUCCCAAGUCACACACUCCCACACACACAGCUUCCUCCUGGGGAUUUAACAGCUCACACUGCAGGAUACAUUGUAUAUAUUACACACACACACACACAGCCUAUAUUACACACAUUGAUAUUGUAUAUUAAAUAUACAGCCCAUAUUACACUCAGUACACAUAGUGUAUACACAGUCCAUAUUACACCCAGUACACACAGUGUACACAGUCCAUAUUACACCCAGUACACACAGUCCAUAUUCCAGAUUUGUUUCUGAUGGAGUCUGGAGAGGUUCGCUAUUGCUCCAGGUUUCCUUACCUGUUCCUGAAAUUCACUCUCAUCAUAUACAGCACCAUCUUCUGGGUGAGUACACAUUGGGGGUUCUGUGGGGUACGCUGUGUUCUGUGCAUAUUGUGGGGUACGACAUAUUCCAGGCAUAUUGUGGGACGCACCGUAUUCUGGGCAUAUUGUGGGAUACACCGUAUUCUGGUCAUAUGGUGGGGUAUUAAUAAUAAUAAUAAUAAUAAUAUUAUUAUUUAUAUGGCACCAGCAAAUUCUGCAGCGCUGUACAAUGGGGUACACUGUAUUCUGUUGGGCACAGUGUGCAUAUUGUGGGGUACACUAUAUGUAAUGUGGGGUAAACCAUUUUCAGUGAGACAAAAUACGCAUAAUGUUGGGUACGUUUUGGUAUGUUGAAAGGGAUGUGAUAAUGUUGUGUGGGUUCUAGGUACUUUCUGAUUCAUAAAACCCUGUUUGUGGGUUUGAAUGUAAUGUCUUAUAGUGCGUUCUCUCAUUUGUAAAAUAUGAAAAGUAGUUGAUUGAUGGAAUGUCUUCCCUGUAGAGAUGGUAGCAACAAAUAAGGGCUCCAAUGUCUCUGAAAGGUCCGUGUGUGUCAUUUUCUAACAAAUCUAUAGAAAGUAUGCAAAAUAUGAUAUCUUCCGAAAGAGCCAGAAAUACCAGUAAAACGGGCUGAGCCAGUCACCAAAUUCUAACCGGCUUCAUUUCUUACAUCAUGUUAUCUCCUACCAACCCUGCUGGAGGGCUGUGCUAUGAAUCCACUGUUUUUUCCAUCAUGUCAAUCCCUGUUACAGUAAAGGUUUGUUUUUCCAUGUCACCCCUUAUCAUCACCUCGCUUAGGUGUGUCUUAUCAGUUGUGUAUUUAUUAUAGCUUUUUGUAGUACAAACACGAACCUUCCCUUAUAUAAUCCAGCAACCUGUUUGAUAAAACCUGCUUGUAGAGAGAGGAGCUAUGUUUGGUUUAACAUCAGACAUUGCAAUGUUUUAACCCUUCACAUUGAGCACUGUGUCCUAGACUUGCAGGCUUCUUUUGGGCCAAACUGCAGUACAUCCAAAUUUGGCUGAAUCAGGUGAUCAGUUAAAGGGACACUGUAAGCACCCAGAAUACUCAGCCUGAUUGAAGUGGUCUGGGUGCAGCGUCCCAUCAUCCUUAACCCUGAGCAUAAACUGCAAUAAUUACCUGCUAGGGUUAACUCCUCCUCUAGUGGCUAUCUACCAGACAGCCAUUAGAAGGACUUCCGGAUUAUUAGCCAACUUUUAUUCGCCUAAAUGAUGGUGGACGUCCUCAUGCUAUGCAUAGGAAAGCAUUGUAUGGUGAAAUCUUAAUGCGAGUUUGCCAUUGCCACGCAUGCAUAUUAGGUCUCCCCCGGGGGGUGGGGGGGCUUGUUUUUCUGGCACUUUAGUUUCCCAAACUCUGAGCCCAAAUUUACCAGAAUCAUGAACCAACAGAACUGUGCAUCCUGAACAUGUUAAGGGGGUCACGAUUCAGAGUUACGCCUGUAGAGCCAAAAAAAAGAGAUGAUUGAUGGCAUAGCGGCAGAAAUAGUGAUUUUCUUCACAGAUCAAAUGAGAAGAAUAAAGUGGGGGGGGGGAAAUGAAACCGUAAUAUAUAUAGAUAGAGAUUUUUUUACUACUCUAACUCCUUUUUUCCCCUCUGUUGGUUUGGUUUUCUCACUCGAUUUGUGACCCAAAUGGUGGGAAAAUGCUCCUAUCGGUGUACAGCAGAAACUUUAUAUUGUGUUCAGUUUGCAGCACCACUGGCCAAUUUUUGCACCUUUUCUAUUCUCCAGAUUCAGUUUCUGAUUCUAAAUCUCAGUUACCAAAUUCUGCAGAGCCGAACAAACAAUUGGCUAAAAUUCUGGUGUUCUGAAAAUUUUUCAGUUUCCGGGGGAAAAAAGGUUUGUCUUUCCAUUCAAAAAAUAUUUUUUUUUUUUGUCGUAAACAAGACUGGGGGAGGGCACAGUCAGGAAAUGUCCUAUCUGUACAGAACCAUCACAACAUGAUCAAGUAGGCUCGGGAUAACCUACUGUGAUAAUGUAAAGAUCAAGGACUCCCUCACAGCCCUCCCUGAGGGGCUGAACAGGUCCUGGCAUGUGAGGGACCCAGUGAAAUUCCUGGAGGGUGAGGGGACAGGUAGCAGUAAAACAGGAGGUUUAUAAUCAAUAUCUUAAUGUGUGAUAGUGUAUUACAGUAUGCAUACCGGAUAUGUCGCCCCGCAGUGUGGAAUUCUGUAUGGCACGUGGCCCACUGUUCUGAAAGGAUGGACAGCCACAUUAUAAAGGAACAGCUCCUGCCAGUAAUGUCCCAUCUCAACUGGUGGUAGGAAGGAGUCAGCCCUGGGCCUUCCAUCCUGCGUGUCUGUCCACUCCUCUGUCCGUGAGAGGCACCAUCACCCUAUGACAGGUAGAGACCCGUCUUGUGCUCUUCAGAAAUGGUUUUCUCCUAUUUGGAGGUAUUUUCUGACAGUCUAGGAGUUUGUGUUUGCGUUUGUCUGGCCAGCUUGUGUGUUUGGUUAUUACUAAAUAAACAGUAACCGCACUCCUCCAACUGAGCUAAAUGGGUGCAAAACCAAACUAGGGACCAGCACUACCUCCGUGCAUUAGGCAGCCUAAAAAAAGGAAAAAGGUUUGGGCACACCAGAGCUCAUAAACAGGCACAUUUAUUGGGACAAAAUAUACUGCACAAUGAUUGAACCCAGCAGUGGGUCUGUGGCAAAGAUCUACAUCUUGGUUGAAACGUUGCUCUGUACAUUUUGUCCAAAUAAAUGUGCCUGUUUAUGAGCUGUGGUGUGCUGCACUUUUAGUUCUGACCAGCCUAGGUGUUUGGUUGUGUCUGGUCCUGCCAGCCUGGGUGGUUGCCUUUUCCAAUAUGGGUGUUUGAUCAUUGCCUAAUCACCGCUAUCUUAGUCGUUGGCAUAUCCAUGCCUAGCUUGCGCAAGAAGCUGGCUGUCGCCGCGGCCAGGCCUGCGCGAGAAGCUAGCUGUUGCCCCCAUAAGGCCUGCUCAGUCACUGUUUGUUGCAGUGUGUUCAGUACAGGCUGUUUGUUCCAGAAUUCUGGGUGUUUGCUCGUUCUUGGUCGGGCUGUCACCUGUAGCAAUCAGUUCAGUUCCUGGGGACGGAAGGUGUGGUCCUUUCUAUUACAAAGGGCCAUACCUGGGAGCAUGCUAAAUGAGCCUUGCCCCAGACGCUUCAAUGCUUUAACCCUUUAAUUGCUCCAUGACUGAGCGUUUUUGCUGUAACUCAAAAUACAAACUAUACUAAUGCCAGCCUCAUGUACAGUCUAACAUUAAUCAGACACAGAGGAGUGCAGUUAGGAAGGUUUAUCAGUAUAUAAUGAGGGCGUUUCAGCUCUUCCGUAGAAUUCAUCCUGUGCGCUGUAGCUCGUUCAAUGUGUCUUGUAAUGCUUAAACAGGAACUGUCACUUGUCUGGAAUUACCAUCAUUGAUUUAAACAUUCAAAAAAUAACUUGUAUCAACCUUCUUCAGGAUCAAACGUUUUUAUUUAAAAUGAAUAUUGGCAAAUAUUAAAAUCAUAAUGCAAUUCAGAAAAGGCACAGGCAAGGCCCACAAUGCAAAUGAAGAGAAGAAAUGGAACAUUGUUUCGUUUCUCCUUCUCUCUGUAUGCUCUUUCUCUGUAGGCGGAGUGCUAGGUGCAAUGGGCGGAGUUUAUAACAAUGAUUGACAGGGAGCGAAGGUGGAGGUGCCCAGUUACAGGAUAAAGAGGUAUGGGUUUCUAGAUUUAAUUUACUUUUCCGUGCCUUACCCCAUAAAUAUUAGUUAAAUAUAGAGGUAAGUAAACCAUAUUAAAAAUCCUUGCAUAAACUGCACACAAGUGGAUGUACGAGGGAGCUCUGUAGAAAGGGGUCUGCCGCCCACCAGGAACAAUAAAAUCUAGAAAUCCAAAGGCGGCAUAACGUGGGGUGAAAGGAAGAAACUAGUGUUUAUUGUGGAUUAAUUAAGACGAACAGGACACAAUGGUUUGGCUGUGAGGAUUUAUGGUACAUGAUUAAAGGGACACUAUAGUCACCUAAGCAACUUUAGCUUAAUGAAGCAGUUUUGGUGUAUAGAACAUGCCCCUGCAGCCUCACUGCUCAAUCCUCUGCCAUUUAGGAGUUAAAUCCCUUUGUUUAUGAACCCUAGUCACACCUCCCUGCAUGUGACUUGCACAGCCUUCCAUAAACACUUCCUGUAAAGAGAGCCCUAUUUAGGCUUUCUUUAUUGCAAGUUCUGUUUAAUUAAGAUUUUCUUAUCCCCUGCUAUGUUAAUAGCUUGCUAGACCCUGCAAGAGCCUCCUGUAUGUGAUUAAAGUUCAAUUUAGAGAUUGAGAUACAAUUAUUUAAGGUAAAUUACAUCUGUCUGAAAGUGAAACCCAGUUUUUUUUUUUUCAUGCAGGCUCUGUCAAUCAUAGCCAGGGGAGGUGUGGCUAGGGCUGCAUAAACAGAAACAAAGUGAUUUAACUCCUAAAUGGCAGUGAAUUGAGCAGUGACAUUGCAGGGGAAUGAUCUAUACACUAAAACUGCUUUACUUAGUAAAGUAAUUUAGGUGACUGUAGUGUUCCUUUAAUGUCUCACGUGUGAAGUGACAGUUUCCCUUUAAUGGGAGGGAUCCUUCUUUUCCUCUGUGUAACCCUAUACAUUCUGUUCUAAGUUACAGAUAAAGUUCUAAAAACGAGUCUCUACAUCCUCUAAAGAACUGAUCUGUAAACCACUUAUUUUCGUAUUUAGAUUGACACGUGCAAUGUAUCAUUGCUGUAAACAGCUACAAAGCUCUGACAUAAAUAUAUUACAUCGCAAGGUGUUUAAUAAAAAUUGCCAAACUAUCAAAGAAUAACGAUCCCAUAAACCAACCUAGUCUGUGAUAACCACGUCAGAAGCAGUGAGUCCAUGGGACUGCGCGGUACAACAAAUUGCAGAAAAUGGGAGAGAAUCUAUUGCUGCUACCAGCCUACUAUAGCUCUUGGAUUUUGCAGUGUUGGCUGCUUCACAGCAGAGGCCGCUAGGAUGGGUGCCUAAGGCGCCCACGUAUAGCACAGAAGAAGGGGAUUGGUUUAUAACUGUGUCAAGGAUCAUGGAAUCCUUGGGCCAUACCAUCCAGCACCAUCUGAUCACUUACAUUGUUUCCUGAAGUCUCUGGAACUAACUGGAGGACUUUCCUACAUGUUAGAAUUCUAGGCUGGUAGCAGCAAUAGAUUCUCUCCCAUUUUCUGCAAUUUGUUGUACCGCGCAGUCCCAUGGACUCACUGCUUCUGACGUGGUUAUCACAGACUAGGUUGGUUUAUGGGAUCGUUAUUCUUUGAUAGUUUGGCAAUUUUUAUUAAACACCUUGCGAUGUAAUAUAUUUAUGUCAGAGCUUUGUAGCUGUUUACAGCAAUGAUACAUUGCACGUGUCAAUCUAAAUACGAAAAUAAGUGGUUUACAGAUCAGUUCUUUAGAGGAUGUAGAGACUCGUUUUUAGAACUUUAUCUGUAACUUAGAACAGAAUGUAUAGGGUUACACAGAGGAAAAGAAGGAUCCCUCCCAUUAAAGGGAAACUGUCACUUCACACGUGAGACAUUAAAGGAACACUACAGUCACCUAAAUUACUUUACUAAGUAAAGCAGUUUUAGUGUAUAGAUCAUUCCCCUGCAAUGUCACUGCUCAAUUCACUGCCAUUUAGGAGUUAAAUCACUUUGUUUCUGUUUAUGCAGCCCUAGCCACACCUCCCCUGGCUAUGAUUGACAGAGCCUGCAUGAAAAAAAAAAAACUGGGUUUCACUUUCAGACAGAUGUAAUUUACCUUAAAUAAUUGUAUCUCAAUCUCUAAAUUGAACUUUAAUCACAUACAGGAGGCUCUUGCAAGGUCUAGCAAGCUAUUAACAUAGCAGGGGAUAAGAAAAUCUUAUAAUGAAGUAACAAAUAUUCUCCGAAGUUUUUGUCCUAUAAUCUAACCUAAUGGUUCCCAAACCUUUUAGGUUCAAGGCACCCUUUAUAUUUCAAUAUUUUUCCAAGGUACCCCAAGUCAAAACAAAUUCUAGGUAGUAUGUAUGUACAGCGCUGCGGCAUAUACUGGCCCCCUGUUCAGCAGAAAUGUUUCCCGGUCAGGGGCGGAUCCAGAACCUAAUCUCGGGAAGGGCACUGAUAGAUUAUUUAAAGAAACAAUCUAGGCACAAUAACCACUACAGCAUUCUGGGCCUGCGGGGGUAGGAGGGCAGAUAAAUAUAUAUUUUAACUUUCUUUUUAUUUUUUAUUAAAAAAAUAAUUAUCAUAUCCCUCCCCCCCCUUCUUAUCUUUGCCUGGGAGGUUGGACAGUACAAGGCAAUCUAUUGUGGUCCGGUGGUGAAAGUGAUCUCUGACAGCUCCUGAGGCUAGAGUUCACUCUCACGAGAUUUGGAGCAUUGCCAUGGUAACCGUGGCAACGGUCUGAGCUUGCAAGAUGAGAACCCGGUGGAGCUGCAGGUUAGAGCUCCUUCAUAGAGCUUGUGGGUCUCUCCUCCAGGUCAGUCCCAUGAUACCCUGUAAUAGUGUAUGGGUCAUUCUCUGCAGGUUAGUCCCAUGAUAUCCUGUAACAGUGUGUGGGUAUAGGGCAUUCUCUCCAGGUCAGUCCCAUGAUACCCUGUAACAGUGUGUGGGUAUAGGGCAUUCUCUCCAGGUCAGUCCCAUGAUACCCUGUAACAGUGUGUGGGUAUAGGGCAUUCUCUCCAGGUCAGUCCCAUGAUGCCAUAUAACAGUGUGUGGGUAUAGGGCAUUCUCUCCAGGUCAGUUCCAUGAUGCCAUGUAACAGUGUGUGGGUAUAGGGCAUUCUCUCCAGGUCAGUUCCAUGAUGCCAUGUAACAGUGUGUGGGUAUAGGGCAUUCUCUCCAGGUCAGUCCCAUGAUGCCCUGUAACAGUGUGUGGGUAUAGGGCAUUCUCUCCAGGUCAGUUCCAUGAUGCCCUGUAACAGUGUGUGGUAUAGGGCAUUCUCUCCAGGUUAGUCCCAUAAUGCCCUGUAACAGUGUGUGGGUCAUUCUCUCACGGUCAGUCCCAUGAUACCCUGUAACAGUGUGUGGGUAUAGGGCAUUCUCUCCAGGUCAGUUCCAUGAUGCUCUGUAACAGUGUGUGGGUAUAGGGCAUUCUCUCUAGGUCAGUCCCAUGAUGCCAUGUAAUAGUGUGUGGGUAUAGGGCAUUCUCUCUAGGUCAGUCCCAUGAUGCCAUGUAAUAGUGUGUGGGUAUAGGGCAUUCUCUCCAGGUCAGUCCCAUGAUGCGCUGUAACAGUGUGUGGGUAUAGGGCAUUCUCUCCAGGUCAGUCUCAUGAUGCCCUGUAACAGUGUGUGGGUAUAGGGCAUUAUCUCCAGGUCAGUCCCAUGAUGCCCUGUAAUAGUGUGUGGGUAUAGGGCAUUCUCUCCAGGUCAGUCCCAUGAUGCCCUGUAACAGUGUGUGGGUAUAGGGCAUUCUCUCCAGGUCAGUCCCAUGAUGCCCUGUAACAGUGUGUGGGUAUAGGGCAUUCUCUCCAGGUCAGUCCCAUGAUGCCCUGUAACAGUGUGUGGGUAUAGGGCAUUCUCUCCAGGUCAGUCCCAUGAUGCCCUGUAACAGUGUGUGGGUAUAGGGCAUUCUCUCCAGGUCAGUCCCAUGAUGCCCUGUAACAGUGUGUGGGUAUAGGGCAUUCUCUCCAGAUCAGUCCCAUGAUGCCCUGUAACAGUGUGUGGAUAUAGGGCAUUCUCUCCAGGUCAGUCCCAUGAUGCCCUGUAACAGUGUGUGGGUAUAGGGCAUUCUCUCCAGGUCAGUCCCAUGAUGCCCUGUAACAGUGUGUGGGUAUAGGGCAUUCUCUCCAGGUCAGUUCCAUGAUGCCCUGUAACAGUGUGUGGUAUAGGGCAUUCUCUCCAGGUUAGUCCCAUAAUGCCCUGUAACAGUGUGUGGGUCAUUCUCUCACGGUCAGUCCCAUGAUGCCCUGUAACAGUGUGUGGGUAUAGGGCAUUCUCUCCAGGUCAGUUCCAUGAUGCUCUGUAACAGUGUGUGGGUAUAGGGCAUUCUCUCAGGUCAGUCCCAUGAUGCCAUGUAAUAGUGUGUGGGUAUAGGGCAUUCUCUCCAGGUCAGUCCCAUGAUGCCAUGUAAUAGUGUGUGGGUAUAGGGCAUUCUCUCCAGGUCAGUCCCAUGAUGCCUGUAACAGUGUGUGGGUAUAGGGCAUUCUCUCCAGGUCAGUCCAUGAUGCCCUGUAACAGUGUGUGGGUAUAGGGCAUUCUCUCCAGGUCAGUCCCAUGAUGCCCUGUAACAGUGUGUGGGUAUAGGGCAUUCUCUCCAGGUCAGUCCCAUGAUGCCCUGUAACAGUGUGUGGGUAUAGGGCAUUCUCUCCAGGUCAGUCCCAUGAUGCCUGUAACAGUGUGUGGGUAUAGGGCAUUCUCUCCAGGUCAGUUCCAUGAUGCCCUGUAACAGUGUGUGGGUAUAGGGCAUUCUCUCCAGGUCAGUCCCAUGAUGCCCUGUAACAGUGUGUGGGUAUAGGGCAUUCUCUCCAGGUCAGUCCCAUGAUGCCCUGUAACAGUGUGUGGGUAUAGGGCAUUCUCUCCAGGUCAGUUCCAUGAUGCCCUGUAACAGUGUGUGGGUAUAGGGCAUUCUCUCCAGGUCAGUCCCAUGAUGCCCUGUAACAGUGUGUGGGUAUAGGGCAUUCUCUCCAGGUCAGUCCCAUGAUGCCCUGUAACAGUGUGUGGGUAUAGGGCAUUCUCUCCAGGUCAGUUCCAUGAUGCCCUGUAACAGUGUGUGGGUAUAGGGCAUUCUCUCCAGGUCAGUCCCAUGAUGCCCUGUAACAGUGUGUGGGUAUAGGGCAUUCUCUCCAGGUCAGUCCCAUGAUGCCCUGUAACAGUGUGUGGGUAUAGGGCAUUCUCUCCAGGUCAGUUCCAUGAUGCCCUGUAACAGUGUGUGGGUAUAGGGCAUUUUCUCACGGUCAGACCCAUGAUGCCCUGUAACAGUGUGUGGGUAUAGGGCAUUCUCUCCAGGUCAGUCCCAUGAUGCCCUGUAACAGUGUGUGGGUAUGGAGCGGUCUCUCCUCCAGGUCAGUCACUUGAUAUCCUGUAUCUGCCUAUAAAAUACUCUUCAAUGCCUGUCCCGGCAUCUCUGUGAAAUAAUCUUUUUGUUGCUAAGGAAAUAAUAAAUUAGUUGGCGUGCUCUUUCUACUUCUGUGUUAUUGUCAGUUGAGGUGGGGUGGGUAGCCGGUUUGUCUCUGUUUGACUUGCCUUAAAGUCACCAUGUCACAAGGCAGCCACUUCCCUAUGUGCUGGUUUACACUGAGGGCAGCGAAAAUGUUUGUUUAAAGAAUGGAAUAAACUGAUUCUAGAUCUGCUGAUAGAUAAUGAGCCUUGUUAUAUUCCGAUGAAUAAUUAGUGGUGGUCAGUUUUGUAAUUAGAAAUAUUAUGAGGACUAUCUCCAAAUAAUGAAAAUGAGGCUGUUUCUGGAAAAGGUAGACGAGAUAUUCUAGAUGUGUGUUGGGGGGGAUUGUAGAAAUGUUGGGAGGGUAGUUCCAGAAUUGUUCAGGUAUUGACUCUAGAAGUGUUGGGAUGUUGGCAAGGUCUGAGUUUAUGUUUUGGGAUAGAAUUUACAACGAUACAUUAAUGUCUGAACACAGAGACACAUUUUUUGAGAAGUUGCAUAUUUUGCAGAGCUCUCACUAUUUGACCUCUUUCCUCAUAGCUAAUCGGAGCCUUUGUGCUGGCUGUUGGUAUCUACGCCGAGGUGGAAAGGCAGAAAUACAAGACUCUACAUGGCGCCUUCCUGGCUCCAGCCGUCAUACUCAUCCUCCUUGGGCUCAUCAUGUUUGCUGUAUCCUUUAUUGGUGUCCUGGCCUCGCUCCGAGAUAACCUGUGCCUGCUGCAUGUGGUAAGUACAUUGCUGUGGAGGGUAUAUGGAUUGGGGUUUCUAGGGAACAUGGACGAUAUUUUAGCAAUCUGUGUGGAAUGUUUGGUAGCGAAUUGUGGAAAGUCGAUGGACGGAAGGGAACCAGCCUUAGAAAAGACUAAAUAUUGUCUGAAAUGUCUUUUAAAAGCUUUCCCAUCAGAUUUGUAAUUAAGUCAGGUUUUACAUGUAUCCUAUGUUUUCCUACAUCUUGUCUUCUCGAGUCCUCUUGCUCUACCCUUUUCACGGUGUUGGACUCCCUUUUGUGUCUUUGCAGUUCAUGUAUACUUUGGGGGUCUGCCUUAUCCUGGAACUCACGGGAGGCAUCAUUGCCUUAAUCUUCAGAAAUCAGGUGAGGAAUCCGUACUGUGUAUUAGAGAGCUCCUUCUCAUAAAAUCUAUGAAGAUCAAUUGUCCUGGUCUCAGAGAAGACUCUGCCUAUCCUACAUGUAGACUGCAUUGCUAUCCUCAACCCAUCCACGGUCCGUACCAUUCUCAUUUCAUCUCUCUUCUUCCUGGCAGACGAUGGACCUCCUGAAUAAAAACAUUGUUAGGGGAAUUACUAAUUAUUACGAUGAUCUCGACUUCAAAAAUAUCAUGGACUUUGUACAGAAACAGGUGAGCACACACAUUUAUUAUUAUUAUUAUUACGGCCACACUGCAGUGCUACAAACAGAACACAUAGUAACUUAGUAAAAGUAUCUUUUGGGCCCUGGCUGGCACAUGGUUAUCUGGCUCAAACAGGUUUUACAGAGCCCUCUAUCCUGGAGACAAUGGGGGAAAGUAAUCCAAUUAUCCAGGGAUAGAGGCAGACUCCAUUGAGUAUAUGGUUGCAAAAAGACAUAAAACACUUUAAAAUACAUAAAGUCACCUUUUACACAUAACACACAGACAUUUCACAUAUCCCCAGAUAGCUGGGAUCUGAGUGCACAAAACUACCAAAUAGCGCUCAGAUCCUAUUCACACAGUUAAAUUGCCAUGGAGCCAAAGUCUUUAACUACACGAAUGGGCUCCUUGGCAUAGCUAUCUGGGUUAACACAUUCACAUAAAGUCUGGUCCAUAGUCCAAAGGCAAGAGGCGGGCAAGCAGCCCCCUCCAAGGACACGUGGCAAGGCCGGUUUCGCCACAUUUCUCCCCUUUACCAUCCAGACUAACAGGGUAUCUGACCUCCUGCCGGUCAGUGCCCUGGUUAGUCCAGCAACCCACCCACGAAGCACAAACAGCAAUACAGCCCACCCACAAUAACUGGUUACUACACCUGGAUAAAAUAGCAACUUGUCCAUGUCCAGGUGCCUCACCACAGCUGUGCGGGGGGCUGGUAGACUGCCUUGGUGGGUUGCUGAGUGGGCAGAGACCAGCGGUACUCUGCCCGGGUGCCAGCGCUACCACUGAAGUAGCCUGGUUGGAGCCUGGUUGUGGGAGGGGGAGACCAACUGUCUCCCCUCUGGAUACACUGCUCUGUGGCUGGGGGACAGGACCGACCGUCCCUACCCCUGGUGCUGCAAGUGCAGAGACUACGGUCCCAUCUGCAUAGUUGUGGGGCUUAACAUCUCCCCUUGGUGGGUUAGGCUGCCGCUGGAGAGAGGGUGUAACAAGCUCCUCUCUCUGAACUGUAGACUGCCGCUGGGGAGAGGGGGUAACCUGCUCCUCUCCCUGACACUCUCUUUGCUGGUGGAGAGGGGGACCAACUGUCUCCCCUUUCAAUAUUUUGUCCUGCGGCUGGGGUGCGAGACAGACGGUCUCUGCUUCCUGGGGUACACACUGCCGCUGGGGAGGAAGGACGGCACCUUCAGCUCCCUGGGGUACACACUGCCGCUGGGGAGGAAGGACGACACCUUUGGCUCCCUGGGAUACACACUGCCGCUGGGGAGGAAGGACGGCACCUUCUGCUCCCUGGGGUACACACUGCCUCUGGGGAGGAAGGACGACACCUUCUGCUCCCUGGGGUACACACUGCCGCUGGGGAGGAAGGACGACACCUUCAGCUCCCUGGGAUACACCCUGCUGCUGGGGAGGAAGGACGGCACCUUCAGCUCCCUGGGACACACACUGUCGCUGGGGAGGAAGGACGACACCUUUGGCUCCCUGGGACUCACACUGCCGCUGGGGAGGAAGGACAACACCUUCUGCUCCCUGGGGUACACACUGCUGCUGGGGAGGAAGGACGACACCUUUGGCUCCCUGGGAUACACCCUGCCGCUGGGGAGGAAGGACGGCACCUUCAGCUCCCUGGGACACACACUGUCGCUGGAGAGGAAGGACAACACUUUCUGCUCCCUGGGGUACACACUGCCGCUGGGGAGGAAGGACGACACCUUUGGCUCCCUGGGACUCCUUUUUGGCCAAAUCUACUAGAGAUUGCAGGUAUUCUCCUACUAGUUUCCUGGCGAGCUGCACAGCUCUCUCUGGGGGGUUGGGUACAAAGUUAGACAGCACCUCAUUAACCUCUCUGUCAAACUCCUCCUGUAGUCAUACGCCAUGCUUGCUCUGCUGAAGUUAGUUCUUUUGUAGAUAGGGUCGUUGUACGGAUACUAGCGUUGCCUUCACUUUGUAACUCCAAACGAACUGUGUCUCUGAGCUGCUUUACCUCGCACUAGGACGCCAUCCCACCGCUUGCCACCAAUGUAACGGAUCACCUGGCACCCCGACUGGGUACCUCCGUCAAAGGAUGCUCCUAGCGUUUCCUGAGGACUCCAAGCACUCUGGCAGACACCACAAUCACCCAACCGGAGAAGCGUAUACCUUCUCUCAAGCAUAUGAAUGCUGUAGACAGUUGAAUAGGAACCAUACGAAUAGGUUUACUCUCCUAGCAGUCAAACUGGAACAGCAUACAAUGAAUCCUUCCCCCAAUAAUGAGACGACACUUCACUUUGAGGGUUAAAACAUGAACUCUUGUGCUGGCACACCCAGCCUGGUUUUUAUAACAGCCUUUCACAUACAGGACCGCCCACAGGGAGGUAUAAAACAACCAAUCACAUAUCAGUUACAUCCCACAUAUUCCCUCCCCUUAUCCUGAGAGGAAACUCAAUUACACAUACAGUUAAAACAUACUUUCUACCCAACUUUCAUAACUCUAAAACCAUACAUCACAUUCACAUAAAAUUACAUAUUCACAAUCAAUCCAUUCAGGGGAACAACAUAUUAAAAAAUGGCAUGAAUCCGACCAGGGGUUCAAAAGUUAGUAAAAGUAUAUUUUGGGCCCUGGCUGGCACAUGGAUAUCUGGCUCAAACAGGUUUUACAGAGCCCUCUAUCCUGGAGACAAUGGGGGAAAGUAAUCCAAUUAUCCAGGGAUAGAGACAGACUCCAUUGAGUACAUGGUUGCAAAAAGACAUAAAACACUUUAAAAUACAUAAAGUCACCUUUUACACAUAACACACAGACAUUUCACAUAUCCCCAGAUAGCUGGGAUCUGAGCGCACAAAACUACCGAAUAGCGCUCAGAUCCUAUUCACACAGUUCAAUUGCCAUGGAGCCAAAGUCUUUAACUACACGAAUGGGCUCCAUGGCAUAGCUAUCUGGGUUGACACAUUCACAUAAAGUCUGGUCCAUAGUCCAAAGGCAAGAGGCGGGCAAGCAGCCCCCUCCAAGGAUAUGUGGCAAGGCCAGUUUCGCCACACCUCUCUAAUAUGGGGAUCCCAGGACCCCAAACAAAGAGUGUCACUUUAUCGCUUUAUUGUUGCUUGCAGGAAGGUAUUUUACUUUUUUUGAUUAAUAUAUUUCUAUUGAAUAUUUUAUGCAAAUCAAUACAAAAGGGAACAGAAACAAGGGAAAACAAGUAAAGGGCAGGUUGUGUAUCCACAUGAAUAAUUAUACGUAUCUUUAAUAAUGUAUUCAGUGGAUUUUUAACCCAUACAUUCAUUUUCGCUCUUGGCUUUUGUCUUUUCUCGCUGCGUUAUACGGUGAGCGCCAUUUUCCUCUCUGCGCUGGGUUUUUCUUAACCUGCUGUUUAUUUCCAGUUUAAGUGCUGUGGUGGCCAGGAUUACAUGGACUGGGAAAAGAACCAGUAUCACUUCUGCUCGGCCCCGGGGCCCCUCGCCUGUGGCGUUCCGUACACCUGCUGCAUAAGUAAUAAGGUGAGGUCCUCCCUCCUUGGACAGGGAAUGGUGGGAUAUUUGAGACAGGAGAGAGGCCAUUUUACUAGAGAUGCAAUGUGGAACCUAAUACAGUUUGAGGGAAUCCUAUGCUCCAGACUCUGAAUAAUAAUCAUAAUUCUGAAAUUAAACCCGCCCAAUCUUCUCAUUAAUGAUGUCGGUAAUAAGUCCGCCCUGGCCACUCUGAGAAUAACAAGAUGUGUUUAAUAAUAAUAUCUGUUAUAAGCCCUGUGGCGGAUCGCCUGGCACCACGACUGGGUGCCUCUGCCAAGUGCUGCUUCCUAGUACCUCCGAGUACUCCUACGCACUCCCCCAGACACCAUAACAACCCUGGACUCAAGACCAGGAUCCAGCUUUCAGUGGGUAGACCUCUCCUAGUCCAGAGAGUAAAGCAGGCUGCUCUUACAAGCGCUAGUGAUUAUAAUCCAAGGGAGCAUAAUGAGUAUAGCAAUCCCCAGAGGGAAUAUAGCUGAUUCACAACCCCUGAUAGCCCCGAUCUGGGGGACCAACAUAUCCAAAAAUCACCCAGAUCAGUUCAGGGGUUCGGGAUUUCCAUGGAAGUCAUAAUUUUGACCAACUGUGCACAUGGUCCUAUGCCCAAAACAGUUCCAGGGAAUUAGGACUAGCGGUCAAUCUCUCCUUAUGGAGUACAAAAGUACAUAAAUCAUAUAUGUUUUUAAAGGGCCGAUAGUCUUUUGGCAAGAGGUUACCUUCGCCACAGGCCUGUCCCAGCCUCUUUGAGAAUAACGAGAUGUGUUUAAUAAUAAUGGCGGUAAUAAACCUGUUCCGGCCUCUCUGAGAAUAACAAGAUGUAUUUAUUAAUGAUCACUGGUGCCAGAGUGAUGUGUGUGAAAUGCUCUGUAUUUUGCUAUUUUGCAGAGCGAUGUGAUGAACACAAUGUGCGGUUAUAAAGCCAUGUCACAGGAUGUAAGUAAUGCUCAGUUCUUGCUGGCUGCUCUCUUAUCUACCUUUUUAAUUUCUGACUUGUAUAUCCCUUUACUAGCGCUCUCUCUCUUUUGCACUCUCUGUCCCCUCCGACAAAACUACUGUUUUCUCUAUUACUCUAACCAUCCUGGUGCUUUCUUUCUGAUUGUGCCUCUCUCAGGCGAGCGCUCUGACCUCGCCGCUCUCUGGCGAGCGCUCUGACCUCGCCGCUCUCUGGCGAGCGCUCUGACCUCGCCGCUCUCUGGCGAGCGCUCUGACCUCGCCGCUCUCUGGCGCGCGCUCUGACCUCGCCGCUCUCUGGCCUCGCCGCUCUCUGACGCGCGCUCUGGCCUCGCCGCUCUCUGGCGCGCGCUCUGGCCUCGCCGCUCUCUGGCGCGCGCUCUGGCCUCGCCGCUCUCUGGCGCGCGCUCUGACCUCGCCGCUCUCUGGCGCGCGCUCUGACCUCGCCGCUCUCUGGCGCGCGCUCUGACCUCGCCGCUCUCUGGCGCGCGCUCUGACCUCGCCGCUCUCUGGCGCGCGCUCUGACCUCGCCGCUCUCUGGCGCGCGCUCUGACCUCGCCGCUCUCUGGCGCGCGCUCUGACCUCGCCGCUCUCUCUGGCGCGCGCUCUGACCUCGCCGCUCUCUCUGGCGCGCGCUCUGACCUCGCCGCUCUGUCCGCGCACGCAAGCUGUCCCCGCCGUGUGCCGGCCCCGCCCUCAAAAUCCGUUGACUCCCAGAACUAUGUGUCGCCUGGUUGCUGGGGGGAAAAUGUCUUGGAUUAUUAUACUGCUUAUUUUGGUUACGAGGAAGGAAUAGCGGAGAUACCUAUGCUAGGUAUUGGAGCUCCGCUACAGCUCUGACCUCGCCGCGCUCUUUGUCUCUCUCGCUGACCUUGCCGCGCUCUCUCUUGAUAGCAUUUCAGGGUCAUCUUAUAAUUUGCAAAAUAAAACUUCGCUUUUAUUGCACCUUUAAAAAAAAAAAAAAAAAAAAGUCAACGUUUCAGUGGAAAACUUAAAUCCGGACUAAGCAUUAUAUCUGUGUAUGCAGCCAUCACGCUGCACUCUCUCUCUGACCACCCUGCACUCUCUCUCUCUCUCUCUGACCACUCCACAUCACCUCUCUCUGACCACGCUGCACUCUCUCUCUCUCUGACCACCCUGCACUCUCUCUCUCUGACCACCCUGCACUCUCUCUGACCACGCUGCACUCUCUCUGACCACGCUGCACUCUCUCUGACCACGCUGCACUCUCUCUGACCACUCCACAUCACCUCUCUCUGACCACCCUGCACUCUCUCUCUCUCUGACCACCCUGCACUCUCUCUCUCUGACCACGCUGCUCUCUCUCUCUCUGACCACGCUGCACACUCUCUCUCUGACCACCCUGCACUCUCUCUCUCUCUCACCACCCUGCACUCUCUCUCUCUGACCACCCUGCACUCUCUCUCUCUGACCACCCUGCACUCUCUCUCUCUGACCACCCUGCACUCUCUUUCUCUGACCACCCUGCACUUCUCUCUCUUGACCAGCUGCACUCUCUCUCUCUCUGACCCACGCUGCACUCUCUCUCUCUCUCUCUCUCACCACCCUCCACUCUCUCUCUCUCUCUCUCUGACCACCCUGCACUCGCUCUCUCUGACCACCCUGCACUCGCUCUCUCUCUCUGACCACCCUGCACACUCUCUCUCUCUCUCUGACCAUGCUGCACUCUCUCUCUGACCACGCUGCACUCUCUCUCUCUGACCACGCUGCACUCUCUCUCUCUGACCACGCUACACUCUCUCUGACCACCCUGCACUCUCUCUCUGACCACUCCACAUCACCUCUCUCUGACCACCCUGCACUCUCUCUCUCUCUGACCACCCUGCACACUCUCUCUCUGACCACGCUGCACUCUCUCUCUGACCACCCUGCACUCUCUCUCUCUGACCACCCCACAUCACCUCUCUCUGACCACCCUGCACUCUCUCUCUCUCUCUGACCACGCUGCACUCUCUCUUUCUCUCUCUGACCAUGCUGCACUCUCUGAUGACGCUGCACUCUCUCUCUCUCUGACCACGCUGCACUCUCUCUCUCUCUGACCACGCUGCACUCUCUCUCUCUCUGACCACGCUGCACUCUCUCUCUCUCUGACCACGCUGCACUCUCUCUCUCUCUGACCACGCUGCACACUCUCUCUCUCUCUCUCUCUGACCACGCUGCACUCUCUCUCUCUCUCUCUCUCUGACCACCCUGCACUCUCUCUCUCUGAGCACCCUGCACUCUCAUUUUCUCUCUGACCUCGCUGCACUCUGCCUGAUAUCCCCAUGUCUGUAUGUUUCAGCGGCAUUCUGCGCAGAGAACAAUCUAUGUUAGAGGCUGCACCAAUGCAGUGAUUCUCUGGUUCCUGGAUAAUUAUACCAUCAUGGCUGGGGUGCUGCUAGGGAUCCUCCUUCCGCAGGUGGGUUUAGAGGUGUUUUAUUUUACAAGUUCUCUCAAAUAAGCAAAGACUGCUGUCUGGGCUGAGCAUAUUUCAAUGUCCAGUUAUACUGCGCACUCUGCCCAUGCUGUUCUUUUAAUACUAUUCUGUCUUUAGGUCCUUAAUUUCUCUUUUUUAUGGUUCCUAGUUCCUUGGAGUCCUCCUCUCCCUCCUUUAUGUGACACGAGUACAGGAUAUCAUCAGCGAAUGGAACAAUUCUGCAAAUGUCCUCCUAACCGGAGAGGAUUCCAAGCCGGAACUUGAGUUUUCCACUGUAGGAUGUUGCCGGUGCUACCCGGGCGAGGAAUCUGCCGCCUGAGGACCUCUAACUCCUCACAGCUCACUCUCAACUGUGGCCUUUAAUAACACAACUGCACUAACAAACAACUAAGAUUAACCCUGGGGCUGGUCAGGGACACAACCACCUUCGCAGGUGUUACGGAUGUAGUGAUGAUGUGCGGACUGCUUGUUGUGGUGUAGAUCGUUUUUAUCUCUGUACACUGUAACAACAUAUGACAAUUUGGGAAUUCUGUGGUGUCCACACACUCCGCUGUCAGUGCUGACCAACACUGUGACAGCCUUUACUGAGGGUUCCAGGGAAUUUUGUUAUAUUAAUCUAAAAGAAUGCAUCUCAAGUGUAAAGUAAAAAUGAAGGUCUUUCAUUAGUCCGUUCUGUGCGUCGGAUGCACUGAUAAACUAAAUGACUUGCCUCAUCCGCUACGCAAGUAACGUCCUUCAGGAACAAAAAAAAAGCCUUUAAAAGAAACUUGACCGAGAAAACCGUGAAUAUCAAGAGUCUAAAUGAUACAGAAAAAGAAAUCCCUGAAUGUCAGUAACAGAGAUGGGGACAACGGGUUUUAUAUUGCCCUCUCUCUGUGACUUUCAUUCAUUAUAUUAUCCUCUUUUGGUUAUUUCCAUAUGGUGGGUGAUGGACGCUUAAGGCUGCCAUGUCCUGGGUUCCCAUUCUAAGAAAUGAGACCUUUGGCGAACGCCCUGUGACUGUCAGGGGACAUUGAAUACUUGAAACCAAACCUGGAAUCUCGGAACCAACGCCACUCAGAGCGUCUUAUCUUCUGGUUCCUCGUACAGAUGUUGAGUCUUGGGGCAGAGUGAUUUACUAAGCCGUGAAAUGUUCACAUUUCUGUAUUAUUCUGUCAAGCUUAAUUUCUAAGAUGCACAACAUGUUCCUGGGAAUAUCUUGAGUUACUGUAGGUGUGAGCGCAUUCACAAGCAGUUGGUCUUUCAGGGUGUCCACUUUGUAAUGAUUUAGGCUGUUAUUCGGUGGCAGGAGAGGUUCUAUUUUUAAGAUGAGUGAAGAAUGUGCCAUAGGAUGCUGGCUGUGUUUGACAAAGAUGGUUUUACUGUUUACAUUCACUUCGAGUGCAGCAAUUGCUUGAGUGUGGACUCGGACAUGGUGUUCCCAGAAGCCUUACUACGUGUCCCAUCUCUCCUUUCACAUGUUAAAUGUUUACAUGGGACGGAUGUGUCUCAGAGAGAGAAUUAGUGUUUCUAAUCAAAAUAAUAUUCGGACUCAGGUGUAAAGUGCCAAUAGCCCUUAUAAUCCAAGAGGGGGACAUCUCAUUCUAAUUAAAACCCCAAUACAUACCUGCUUCCUGUCUGUGAAUAACUUUUAACAUUGUACGCUAUACAGUGUAUUCAUCUCUACCCGUCUUUAAAUACCCUUUAUCUAACAUUGUACGCUAUACAGUGUAUUCAUCUCUACCCAUCUUUACCCUUUAUCUAACAUUGUACGCUAUACAGUGUAUUCAUCUCUACCCAUCUUUACCCUUUAUCUAAGAUUGUACGCUAUACAGUGUAUUCAUCUCUACCCAUCUUUACCCUUUAUCUAACAUUGUACGCUAUACAGUGUAUUCAUCUCUACCACAUUGACCUCAGUUUAGUUCUUUUGGAUUGUUUUUUACAUGGUCAUAAUCUGUUCAUAAAACUUUUCUAAUUAUUUAUCUACAAAAGUCACCAUUAAAGUCUAAGAGAAUAGGCCGUGAUCAUUUGAAAAGGUUGUCCAAAAUAAUGAAAUACACAGUAUAUCACACAAUGACAUCAAUGUAAUUCUUCAAAUAAUUACAUGUAAUAUUCUGCUCCAGAUUGUGGUGAUUUGCAGUUUGGUAACUGUUGUUAGCUUUCCAUGCCAGUAAUGGCUGCACGGAUGUGUGAUGAGCCUACGCUUUCUUAAUAGAACAUUUCUGGGAUUCUGUUAACUUGCACUGCCAUGAUUAAUUUGAAUGAGAGUACGCGCAGACAGUCUGCCAGUCACAGUGUGUUUUUAGUUAAAACUGACCCCUGCACGCAUGGAAUGCUACUCUGGUUUCAUUUAGGGGCACCAGGAUUCGCAGAGCAGCCUCAGCCACUCUGUCGAUUGUAUGCAACUUUAGCAAAUAUUAAGGAUUAUACUUGCAGGUCAAUUUUGGAACAAUUUUGAAAAGUUUUAAUUAGUAAUCCUGGGGCGAAGAUUUAAAAGUGGUGCAGAAGGAACAUGGUGAUGGCACCGUUUAUAGCACUUAUAUUUAGAACCUCUCUCUGUUCAUGUGUGCAAUAUAAAUCUGAAUUAUAUAUUACAGUGAGUACACUGAUCUGGAUUAUAUAUUGCAGUGGGUACUCUAUUAAUCGGGAUUAUAUAUUGAGGGGAAACACUAUUAAAAUGGAUUAUAUAUUACAGGGGAAACACUAUUAAAAUGGAUUAUAUAUUACGGGGGAACACUAUUCAUUUGGAGGUAUGCAUUACAGGCAGGUCAAGUGAUAUAUACAAGAUUAAUCUAUAUAAUAUAUUGCAGCGUGUACAAUAAUAAUCUGGAGUGUAAUAUUAAUUUAGACUCUACGUUGGCAGUGUAUAAUUAAUGGUAUUAAUCUGGAUUAUAUAUCGCAGCCAGAUAAAAUAGGAUGUUAAUAUUAUAUCUGGAUGAUAUAUGGUGUGAUGUUAAUGACAGAAGUGAAUCUUUGCAGGGUCCUCGCAGAAUAUUUUCCCGUUUUCUUGCACUGACCCACCCUGAUACUGGCCAGUAUUCAUAGUGACUGGGAAGUAUCACAGAGUGUGCAAACAAUGCUGAAUAAAACAAGGCUUUUAUGGAAAGUAGUCAAACCGUAUUAUAGUUCCACCAGAAUUAUUCAGCCUUUGGGUUCUGUGUGGGUGCUGUGUGCUGUGAUUUUGAGUGCAGUGUGUAUCACAGCCUGACUGUUCUGUGGGGGCGCUAUGAUCCUGCGUGCAGCGUGUAUCACAGCCUGACUGUUUUGUUGGGGUUCUGUGAUACUGGGUGCAGCCUGACUGUUCUGUUGGGGUGCUAUGAGCCUGGGUGCAGCGUGUAUCACAGCCUGACUAUUCUGUGGGGGCGCUGUGAUCCUGGGUGCAGUGUGUUUUACAGCAUGCCUAGAAGUUCUGUUGGGGUGCUGUGAUCCUGGGUGCAGUGUGUAUCACAGCCCGACUGUUCUGUUGGGGUGCUGUGAUCCUGGGUGCAGCAUGUAUCACAGCCUGACUGUUCUGUUGGGGUGCUGUGAUCCUGGGUGCAGCGUGUAUCACAGCCUGACUGUUCUGUGGGGGCGCUAUGAUCCUGGGUGCAGCGUGUAUCACAGCCUGACUGUUCUGUGGGGGUGCUGUGAUCCUGGGUGCAGUGUGUAUCACAGCCUGACUGUUCUGUGGGGGCGCUAUGAUCCUGGGUGCAGCGUGUAUCACAGCCUGACUGUUCUGUUGGGGUGCUGUGAUCCUGGGUGCAGCGUGUAUCACAGCCCGACUGUUCUGUUGGGGUGCUGUGAUCCUGGGUGCAGUGUGUAUCACAGCCUGACUGUUCUGUGGGGGCGCUGUGAUCCUGGGUGCAGCGUGUAUCACAGCCUGACUGUUCUGUUGGGGUGCUGUGAUCCUGGGUGCAGCGUGUAUCACAGCCCGACUGUUCUGUUGGGGUGCUGUGAUCCUGGGUGCAGUGUGUAUCACAGCCUGACUGUUCUGUGGGGGCGCUAUGAUCCUGGGUGCAGUGUGUUUUACAGCCUGACUGUUCUGUUGGGGUGCAGUGUGUAUCACAGCCUGACUGUUCUGUUGGGGUGCUGUGAUCCUGGGUGCAGUGUGUAUCACAGCCUGACUGUUCUGUUGGGGUGCUAUGAUCCUGGGUGCAGCGUGUAUCACAGCCCGACUGUUCUGUUGGGGUGCUGUGAUCCUGGGUGCAGUGUGUAUCACAGCCGUUCACCAUUAACCUGGAUCAAUCACUGGUAUUCUUGUGAUCUGUAGUACUGACUGACUCGGCCGAUGAACGGCUCAGCCUAGUUUUAUUCAGAUCUAAAUACGCUCUAUAUAAAUAUUUUUCUAGAUUUGCUGAAACUGAGUGCUCUGACUUAUUUCUUUAUACAGUACUGACUGAUCUGAUUUCAAUGUAUUUUUAUGAACUAAUAAAUUUAUAAACCAUUUGGUCUCCCUUUUGCUACCUUGUAGAAAAUGCUUUAAAAUAAGGUUUUUAACCCUUUAAUGUAGCUGCCCGGGCUGGUUACGAUGAUCGUAUUUAAUAACAUGAUCUAAUAAGUGAUGGGUUGUCUUCACAGUAAAUUCUGCUUGUUUUAUGGGG